UGUAAAUGAUCAGAGUCACCAAGGCGAGAGACAUGUGAAUUUUAGAAAUUACUGUAUUAUUUAUAAGAUAUACAAUGGUUGACGCCGAAAAAGGCUCCGAUGUACCGAAGGAGUUAAGAGGAAAACUUUCAGCGUUUGAUUCAGCUUUAUCCGAUAUCGAGAAUAAGUUUGAGCCCCUCUUGAAAAUGUCAAAAGUGGAGAUAAAUACUGAACUCAGUAGUUUGGACAAAGCAAAGCUUGACCUUGUGGCUGCCUAUUCAAUCAAUUCAUUAUUUUGGAUGUACUUGAAUGUUUGUGGAGUCAACCCAAAGGAUCAUGGCAUCAAACAAGAACUGGAUCGUAUCCGCGGCUACAUGAACCGCGUAAAGGAAGUUCAGGACAAGGAGAAAGCCCCGAAGUUGAACGUUAUGGCGUCAAAACGCUUCAUCAAGAGUGCAUUGUGGCAGGCUGCACAGAAACAGGACAAUGAACAGGAUCAGGAGACUGGCAGCCCAACAAUUCCCGUGGAAGCUGAGAGCCCUUCGCCAAGCAGGGGAAAAAGAAAGUCCAGAAGUGAUGAGGGAUCGUGUGAAAAAAAGAAGAAGAUGGAUAAACACCUGAAAAAGCCGCACACACCAAAGCGAUAUAUGAACAUGAAUCCUAGCUGACCAUAUUGGACCACCUAUAUUGGACCAUCCAUACUGGACCACCCAUAUUGGACCAUUAAAAAAUGUACAGACUAAUAUUGUUGGCAAAGAAGUUUAUUGGGUUGAACAUUUAUUUCAAGAUGCAUCGUAUCUUAAUGUCUCUGGAACACAACACAAGAUAAUAAUCAUGAAUUAGGUAACAUUUGAGCUAUAUUGUUAUAGUGAACAUAUCUGUUGUAUAAAAGUUUCAUGAAAGAAAAAUAUAUACAUGGUUUUAAUGCUCCUCGAUGGGCGAGCAAAUAGUUGCUGCUUUGUCCGUCUGUCUGACCGUCACACCCAUGUCCAGUGAAUAACUUCAACAUUUUAUAUGGCAUUGAAAGCAAACUUGGUAUAAAGAUGACAAUGAGAGGAAGUGAAGUGCACAAGAACGUUAUUCUUAUUGUAAUCAUAAAAGUUAUCUCCCUUUAACCAGUUUUCAUAAGUGUUUCUUGUCCGGGCAAAAGCUUGGGAAAUACUAAAGGGAUUGAAAUGGAACUUCAAGUAUAGAUAGAUGACAAUGCACAACAAGGAACACAUGAAGCAUAAAUAUUGCUUGCAUAAAAUUCUGUUUGUAUGACCAACAUUAAACUAUCAUGAAACAUGAACCGUUUCUGUUUGAUUUAGAGCAGUGAAUAGGGAAACACUGUCCAACACAGCUAGCACCAUAUUAAGCCGUAUCCUAUGUCCAACAGUCAUUAAGCCAUUUUCAAUCCUUUGGGAAACACUGUCAACGCCCACUCGCACGGUAUUGAGCGGUAUUCUAUGUUUAAGAGUCAUUAAGACAUAUUCAAUGAAAUGUGUACCACCGUCAACACCCCAAGCAAAUCUAAAGAGGUAUUAUAUGUGCAAGAGUCAUUAAGCCAUAUUCAAUGAUAUGGACAACACUGUUAACGACCCCUCGCAUCGACGUAAGCUAUAUGUAUGGACAAGGGUCAUUAAGGCAUAUUCAAUGAUAUGGACAACACUGUUAACGACCCCACGCAUCGACGUAAGCUAUAUGUAUGGACAAGGGUCAUUAAGGCAUAUUCAAUGAUAUGGACAACACUGUUAACGACCCCACGCAUCGACGUAAGCUAUAUGUAUGGACAAGGGUCAUUAAGGCAUAUUCAAUGAUAUGGACAACACUGUUAACGACCCCACGCAUCGACGUAAGCUAUAUGUAUGGACAAGGGUUAUUAAGGCAUAUUCAAUGAUAUGGACAACACUGUUAACGACCCCUCGCAUCGACGUAAGCUAUAUGUAUGGACAAGGGUCAUUAAGCCAUAUUCAAUGAUAUGGAAAACACUGUUAACGACCCCACGCAUCGACGUAAGCUAUAUGUAUGGACAAGGGUCAUUAAGGCAUAUUCAAUGAUAUGGAAAACACUGUUAACGACCCCACGCAUCGACGUAAGCUAUAUGUAUGGACAAGGGUCAUUAAGGCAUAUUCAAUGAUAUGGACAACACUGUUAACGACCCCACGCAUCGACGUAAGCUAUAUGUAUGGACAAGGGUCAUUAAGGCAUAUUCAAUGAUAUGGACAACACUGUUAACGACCCCACGCAUCGACGUAAGCUAUAUGUAUGGACAAGGGUCAUUAAGGCAUAUUCAAUGAUAUGGAAAACACUGUUAACGACCCCACGCAUCGACGUAAGCUAUAUGUAUGGACAAGGGUCAUUAAGGCAUAUUCAAUGAUAUGGACAACACUGUUAACGACCCCUCGCAUCGACGUAAGCUAUAUGUAUGGACAAGGGUCAUUAAGCCAUAUUCAAUGAUAUGGAAAACACUGUUAACGACCCCACGCAUCGACGUAAGCUAUAUGUAUGGACAAGGGUCAUUAAGGCAUAUUCAAUGAUAUGGACAACACUGUUAACGACCCCACGCAUCGACGUAUGCUAUAUGUAUGGACAAGGGUCAUUAAGGCAUAUUCAAUGAUAUGGACAACACUUUCAACGCCCCCUAGCACCGAUUUAAGCGGUAUUCUACAUACAAACAGCCAAUAGGACACAUUUUAACAAAUAGGCAACCUUUUCACUUCUAGCAACUAUAUAAGCGAUGGUUCAAGAGCCAGUAAGGCAUUUUCACGAAUAUGGGCAACAAUGUCAACGCCCCUAGCACCGACAUAAGCGGUUAUAUGUUCAAGAGUCAUAAAGUCCUAUUCAAUGAUUCUGAAGAACCAGGAAAUAUUUAACUAUUUAUAGCCAAUUACUGGUUGGACUUGUGACAUAAAUGCCGAUUUGUUGUUAAUUUGGCAUAGCGUUCUGUAUGCAUAAGCCAUAACUUGUGACGGUAAACAAUUUUACCAUGACUUAGUCACUGGGCUUGUUCCUGUAGUUACACUUGUAGUUUGGUACAUAUUUAAAAUCACAAUGUCAAUCGAAGACUCCUUGUGACGUAAUACGUUAAAAAACGUUAUAGUUAAGAUAUAAUUAAGAUUUAAUUAAAUGGAUAUGUGUCUACAUACUGUAUGUUUAGUAAUGUAGGGCAUAUUUGAUUGUCAUUUGAAUAUGGAAAUGGUUGACAGCCGACCUGGUACAAAUGUACAAAAUGGUCAUGUUAAUUACAAAAACGUGUAUUCCUUGGGUUGUAAAGCUGUCAUAUUUAUACAAAAAAGUAGUACUUAAGAGAGAUGAUUUU